AUGGCAAACCUGGCAGACGAUCCCGUUUUUGACGGAAGAAAUUGGCUCAAAUGUGUUACUUACGUUUCAAAUCGUCAGGAUACAUAUCCUUACAUCGACCCGACAAAAGGUGACCUUACUGGAAAGUCAGUCUUGGUUACAGGCGCAUCGAAAGGAAUCGGAAAGGCGGCCGCAGUUCGGUUUGCUAUGGCAGGAUGCUCCAAGAUUUUGCUCGCCGCCCGUUCUGAUAUGUCGAACGUUGAAGUGGCAGUCAAAAAAGCCGCCAAGGCCUCCAACAAACCCGAGCCUUUGGUCUGCUCUAUAAAGUUGGAUAUCACAUCUGAAGAAUCAGUCAAAGCUGCUGCGGAAACAGCUAAAGAGGUCCUCGGCGGUAGCCUCGACAUAUUAAUCAACAACGCCGGCAACCUUGAGGAGUGGAAGCCCAUCAUUGAAUCUGACCCCAAGGACUGGUGGUUGACUUGGGAGGUCACCGUCAAAGGAACUUACCUCUCUUCGCGCUACUUCAUCCCCUUGGUUCUCAACUCGACCGUCAAGACAGUCAUCAACGUCAGCAGUGGCGGUAGCCAAAUGGUGACCCCCGGAGCGUCGGCAUACCAGGCCAGCAAGAUGGCUCUUUGCCGCAUCAGCGAGUUCAUCGACAUUGAAUACCGUCAACAGGGAGUAAUUUCUAUCUCGAUUCAUCCGGGUGGAGUAAAGACUGAGCUGGCGUUGAACCUGCCUGAAGAGUUGCACCCUCAUCUGACUGACUCGCCCGAGCUGCCCGCCGACACUAUAGUCUGGCUAUGUUCUGAGCGACGGGAGUGGCUGUCCGGCAGAUUUGUUAAUGUCCAAUGGGACAUGGAGGAAUUGGUGAAGAAGAAGGAGGAAAUUCUCAAGGGAGAUUUAUUCAAGUUUCGCAUGGCCAUAUGA